ACAUCCCAGCCUCAACAACCACCAAAGUACACACACCACACUAAUCAAGUACACAUCCAGGCCACCAAGGCACCCAGCGAGCGAUCACCAUAUCACACAUAGCACCAUGUCUGGCGUGUGGGUGUUCCGCAACGGCGUGGUGAAGCUGGUGGAGAACCACCCGGCGUCGGCGGCGGGACCGCCGGGCGGCGGGGCGGUGCGGCGCAAGGCGCUGCUCCACACGCCCACGGGGGAGGUGGUCGCCUCCUACGCCUCCCUGGAGCGCAAGCUCGUCGCGCUUGGCUGGGAGCGCUACUACGCCGGCGGGGGCGGCGCCGCCGGCGACUGCAUGCUCAGGUUCCACAAGCGCUCCUCCGUCGACCUCAUCUCCCUCCCCAAGGACUUCGGCCAGUUCAGCUCCGUCCACAUGUACGACGUCGUUAUCAAGAACCGCGACGCCUUCCGCGUCAUCGACGUCUAGCCUAGCUGGCUGGCUGAUGAUUCGGCCAUUCGAUCGAAGCAAGCACAGCUAGCUCGUGCGCGCCGGCGGCCGCCACCGUCGCAUCCAUGUCGUCAUCGAUCUCCGCUGGUUAACUUGUCCACCUUGUGUAUGUGUGCGUAUGUCUAUACGUGUGUAUGUAUAUGUACGUGGUGUAUUGACGUAUAUAUAGAUAUACAUGCUGCGUGUCCAUUGUGGUUAA